GAGGUCGCUGUUUGGAAGGAUGCACCGCGUGAUCCUCGGGUCCGCGGAGGCUGCAUUGUGGGAGAAGAAUGUUCAUGUUGCAUUAUGUGCUUUAAAAGAAAAUCUACAAUGAAGAAAGUACACCAAGCAAACCACCAUGGGCAUAUUUCUGAAAGGGAUGCCUCAAGAAAAGCCUCAGGUUCAAACUCAAUAAAAGGAAACCACCACAAUGUUUGUACUUCUGUUUUUAAAGAUGUCACUUAUAAGGAACUUAAAAACCUCUUGAAUUCCAAAAAAAUUAUGUUAAUUGAUGUUAGAGAGACAUGGGAAAUUCUCGAGUAUGGAAAAAUCCCCGGGUCUGUCAAUAUACCAUUGGGUGAGGUAGGUGAAGCUCUACAGAUGAACCCAGAACACUUCAAAGAGAAGUAUAAUGAAGUGAAGCCAUCCAAAUCUGAUGAUCUAGUGUUUUCUUGUUUAGCUGGAGUGAGAAGCAAGGCGGCUCUGGAUACAGCAGUAUCUCUGGGCUUUAACAGUGCCAAACACUAUGCUGGAGGAUGGAAGGAAUGGGCAUCCUACGAAUAUUCAGAGAAGAAACAAGGAAACUGAAUUUUGGAACACGAGCUUGAUUUUUCCUUGCGUGUGUGCAGCCCAGCACAAUGGAACGAGCAAGAGAAUAAAAAUCUAGCCUUGGCACCACUGGCCAAUGGGAAGAGGAUUCUGUAUAAGUCAAUUAUUUGUCGAAUCUUUUUCCCAACUGUAAAUUGAGAACAUCACUUCCCCUGCCUACUUGCAAAGGCUAUUGAAGGUCAAGACACUGUGACUUGCCAUAGAUAUGUAAGGGUUGGGAUUCCAGGAAUUAAUUUUUAAACAGUUUAGUUCAAUACUAUUCCAAAACACCAGGUUACUUGUAUUUCCUAAUCAUGUAUGACCAUUUGUGUUAGUAUAUUUUCUAUCCACUAGAGGCUAUGAGUUAGGCCAGAUUAAUAAAUGGACUUGACAUUAAAACACCAAGAAUCUGGGAUCCUUCUAAGUAGAUGAAAUACCGAUGAAAAUUCCAGUAUCCAAAGACUAAUGGUAAUGUUGUGACCAGCAUGGUAGUGAUAUAACUUUCAAUUUAAAAAUUAUGAUUUGGCCCUGACUGUGUAGCUUUGUGGUGUAGCUUUGUGGAUUGAGCACAGGCCUGAGAACCAAAGGGUUGCUGGUCAGGGCACAUGCCUGGGUUGCAGGCCAGAUCCCCAGUUGGGGGUACACAAGGGGCAAUCACACACUGAUGUUUCUCCCUCUCUUCCCCUCUCUAAAAAUAAAUAAAAUAUCUUUAAAAAUUAAUAUGAUCUAUAGGGAUCAAAAUCAGAACAGUGAUUGCUCCUGUUGAGUGAAGGAGAUUAACUGGAAAGGUAAGGAGGGCUAUUUCUGGGGUCAUAGAAAUGCCCUGUGGUUCACAGGUCUAUACAUUUAUCAAAACUCAUUUAAGUGGACAGUUAAAAAUGCAUUUUCUAUUAUAUAAAUUAAAAUAAUAAAAAACAGGGAAAAGAACCUUAACCACUAGCACGAGUAUUUUCCUUUGGAAUGUCUUACUUGUUAGUGUGCUGGUGCCCGGGUGGUAAACAAAUCCAUGCUUUCUUCCAUCUGUACCUCUUCGGACCCAUCUGUCUGUCAUCCAGAUCCUGUAAGGCCUAGCAAGUGACUAUGAGAACUUGGUUUGUCCUAAAGGAUAUAGAUUAGCUAUUAGAGAAUCUGGAGUAGGGAUGUGAUGUGAUCACAUUGAGCUUAUCUUUCUGAUAAUGUCAAUCAAGUUUCUAGCACAGCAAACUCCUUAUGAGAACUAGAAAAGCUGGGAAAUCCAUGUAUGUAAUGUGCACACACACACUUCAGUGUUGCUUCAUCCUCUACAGCUUUCCUUCUCUGUGAGAUUGUGCCUUUUCAUAUCCUCGCUGCUUUCAUAUAUUUCCUCUAAUAUUAAACAAUAUUACAUAUAAACAAUAUUUGUGUGUAUAUAUGUGCAUAUAUAUAUAUAUAUAUAUAUAUAUAAAUAAAUAAUCUGUUUAAAGGCAGAUCUGGGGAGAAGAAAAGCUGUACAGAAUGAGCCACUGUUGAAUUACUGAACCUAUCAAGGAACGGGAAUCUGGGUUAAAUACACCAGGCUUUUAUAUAGUAUAAUUGGAACCCCUGAAAAGCUUACUGUAGAAGUAGAGGUGAACCAGAAACUGACCAAUCCUUGUAAAAAAGGUAAGGCCAGCUUUGAAUCAUCUAAAUGCCUGAAUGGAUACAGGUGAUCUUGAUACCCUUACAGGCCUACCAGAAGUAAAUCCUCUCUUGGACAAAGAUACCACUUGUCUAGCUACAGCAGGGGUUGGCAACAGUAAAUAUUUUCAGUUGCCAUAAAGUCUCUAUUAAUCAACUGCUACUGCAGCACAAAAGCAGCCAUAGGACCAUACAUAAAUGGGAGUGUGGCUGUUAUUCCAAUAAAACUAUUUAUGGUUACUUAGAUUUGAAUUUUGUAUAAGUUUCAUGUAUUGCCAAAUAUUUUUAUUUUUCAACCAUUAAAUCAGAUCAAAAGAUCAGCCCCAAACUGGUGGCAGGUGGGAUUUGGCCCACCCCUGAGUCAGAAACACAAAUGAUAAAGUUUUUCAUAUCAGUGUUCAGAAUUCUAUCAAAUCUUACUAGAAAUAGCAAUCAAUAGGACCUCAUGAUUGAAAAAUAAAAGAAAAAAGAUAACAGAAAAAGCUCCACAAAAGAGCUACAUAUUGGAGUCUUCAACCACUUUAACAUAACUGGUUUAUAUAUUCAAUAACAUGAUAAAACAGAAAAGUUUAUCACAGGAAUGGGAACUACAAAAAUGUAUCAAAUAGAAAUUCCAGAAUUUAAAAUCCAACAGAUGACAGUAGGUAAGUUUAAUGGAUUAGCCACAGCUGAGGGUUAAAAAAAUGAAAAAACUGAAAUACACAUAUUAACAUGGAUGACUCUCACAGUAUUGAAAAAGCAAAUUUCAGAAACAUAUACAAGAAUUUGAAAACAAGCAAAAUGCCAUUUAUUAUUUUUGUGUAUAUGCAUAACAAAUAAGUUAGGAAAAUAAAUACAAAAUUCAUAAUGGCUUCUUCUGGAGAAAGAACAUAGGCUUUAGGGCAUAUCCUCAACUUAAGAGACAUACCAGUUCAUACAAUUAUACCUUUGGAUUCCUGGUACUCUUCUAAGAAAAAAACUAUGAUAAAUAAUGUAUCCUGUUUGGGUAUCCUAUACCCAAAUAUAAUUGUACUUGUAUCUUUUUUAAAAACUAAGGGCUAAUAAAUUAAUUAGAAUAAUUUAUUUACUAUAUUAGAUUAAACUGGUAAAAAAUUUAGUUGUCAGUUUUUCUGAAAUAAAAACUUAACAAUUAUAUACCUGAAACUGCACUGACUUUUACAAUAAAACUCAAGAGUAAAAAUCACCAGUAAGGUCUGUGGUAUCAGAUAACUCAAAACACAAAAAUAUAGCAUAUUAUUUAACAUAUUUAAGUGGCCAUUUUGUUUUAAUGAUGGGAGGAUACUGCUUUUGAUUACCUUUGCAUUAUCAAAGUUUUAGAAAUGUGACAGAAAAAGUGUCAACAGUGGACAAUCUCAAGAGUUCUGCAUUAACUGAAGUAUCUCGGGUUUCCUUCAUUCACAUUUCUUUCUUAUGGGCCUCAUGAUCUUAGUGAGGUCUCUUGGAUUCUGUGAUAAUGCACCCUUUUGCUAUUUAGUAUGUAUAUACCAUAGAAAUACUGGAUGGAGGUAGGAUCAACAGCUAAUUGGUGAGAAAUUUGUAUUAUUAAGGACAAGUGGAAAAUUAAAUGCUUCUUCUACCAUCCAGCAACAAUUACUUUUCAGUGUCUAAAAGGGCAGCAGUUUAUUAGUGAAAAAAUGUGAUUUUGUUACUACUUCUUUUCUGUGUUUCAACAUUCUCCAGAAGCAAAAUAAGAAGGGAAAGGGGAAAGAGAGAAAUUUUCAUAAAGAAUGGUAAUGGUAGAAUCUGGAUAAAGUGUAUCCAGAUGGGGAUAAUAUUUCCUGUGUGAAUCCUUACAAUAUGGUACUUGUUUAUAGGCACAUGAUAUUUUGCAUUCACUUAGCAUUAAUGGGUAAAGAAGGCAGGUGAAACUUGCAGCUGAACAUCUGAGGGCAGGAAUGACAAUGAGAUCCCUUACUGAAAAUAGAAGAUAAAGAGAAACUGAAUACUGAACAAUGAUACCUAGUCCCCGGCCUUACCUGUCUCCAAGAACUGACAGCCCCUCAGUUCAUACCCCACUCAGACAGAAAGCUAGAAGCUUCCUCUCUAGAAAAAACGGACCCAUCCCAAGAAAAAAGCUUCAGAAUAUGAUGUUGAACUUUAAAAUUCUCCAAAAAGGAUUUAAAAGGAUUUUAAAAGUGAGAUGAAGAUAGAAUCUAUGAAUUUUAGAAGACUUAAAAGAUUUAUUAGUGAAUUACAAUGUAUGGUCCUCAUUUAGAUCCUGACUAGAAUUAUUUAACUAUAUUUCUUAUUAUUUAAGAGAUAGCAGAAAAUUUUAACACUGAGUAUUUGGUAUUACAAAAUUGUUAUGACAAAUUCUUAUUUAGGUACAAUAAUACUUUUAUAGUUUUCUCUUAUAGAGCAAUUAUCUUUGAGGAAUACAUACUGAAAUAACUAUGGAUGAAAUGAUAUCUUGGAUUUGCUUUAAAAUGAUAUGCAUGUUGGGGGAAGUGGGUGAGAAUUUAGAAGAAAUAAAAUUGGCCAUGAAAACUG